AUGACUGUCUCUACCCAAGAGCGACCCAACGAUCUCUAUAGUUCGCCCUAUUUGGUCGACUACUACGACAUCGUUGCGCCGAGCUCGCAAUCCGUCGAUGAUGCCUCCUUCUACUGGAAGACCUACCAGGAUUUGAAAGCUUUGCGACCGUCUACCCCUGAUGACCCUUUUGUCGUUAUGGAUGUCGGAACGGGUACGGGACGUGUUCUCCAUGGUCUUGAACGUAACACCACCGAGGUCAAUGCCGAUUUUUCCAACACCGAAGUCCUAGGUGUUGACAAUGCGCAGCAUAUGCUAGACAAGGCUGAAAAGAUCACUACAGGGCCUCUGAAAGGGCAUGUUAGUUGGAUUAAUGGCUCCGCUCUUGAUCUAGAGGCCGUGAUGCGAGAGAGAGUGCAUCCCAAGGUUGAUCUUCUGAUAUUCUCCAUCGGAUCCAUCAGUCAUUUGUCUGAGUAUGGUCAGCCAGAAACAUUCCUCAAUCAGGUCUCCAAGGUUUUACGUCCGGGAACCGGACAAGCCUAUGUUUCAAUCUACGACGGCUCUCUCCUCCACAAGAAAAAGGACAUCGCAUUUCAUCAGCCUCAGGGUGUCACAGAGAUUCAAAGCACAAUGUUCCCUCAUAUCGUGUACCGAGAAUCGAACCAUCGAGGUGAUUUGGAAGGUAACAUCAAAUACGUCAAGUUUGAUCUGGAGGCCGUGAAUAACGAGGAUCAAACUAUCUUGGAGAAGAACAACAUUUCCAUGAAGAUGCGCCAGUGGGAGGAAAACGAAUUGGUGUCUCUUUCAUCCAAGACCGGAGUGACUUUUGUUGAACGUAUCAGGGGCGCUCAUGAGACAUUCUAUGUAUUCAACACAACGGCUUAG